CGCCGUCAAAUGUGAACUUACAGUAAACACAAAUAAGCUAGCAGUGUCGGGCAGACGGCUAACUGGUGUGGCUAACUAGUAGCUAACUAGCAGGCCCGAAGGGCUGUGACGUCAGCAGCACGUCCUGCUCGUUACUUCGGUGUUCGGGUGACGAAGACUUGACUUCCUUGGACGACGAGCUUGUUGUCGACUCACCCUUCGAAAGUUCGACGUCAAACUCCCAAAGCUCGCCGACGGGUCGGGUGGUGCGACAAGUCGGACUCCGGGUGCGCCGACGACGCGAAGGCGAGAAAGUGGAAGUCCAAGAGAAAGUCUCUGCUACAGAUGAGGUCACGGCCGUGAAAAAUAAAAGCAUUACGUUAUCCGGGGGAGCUUCGGCGUCUUAAAGGCGCAGGCACCUAAUAAACGUGACCGGCCAUCGCAACACUCCUCCGUGGUUCACAGGCGUACACGGGAAGGAAGAAAUAGCAGCUAUAAAAGGAACCAUUGAUACAACAGUUAACUGUUGGGGUUUUUUUAUUAGCACGCACGGUUAGCUUGGCGUGGUUGUUAGCAUCGUCAUACAGAAUGUGUACAUAUGUUGAUGAAACAUUGUAAUUAGCUCAUUUUUGUAUGCCAGGGAAGGUACAAACAUUGUAUUUAGCUCAGCGAAGGUACUUUACUCGUUUAUUUUUAGUUGACUAGUUUUUUGUCCAUAUUUCGUUUGUCAAUAAAGUUGUGUCAAAGGAGGCGUGGUCAGCGACGGAGAGCGGAAAAGACGGUGAUGUAAACAACCAAACAACAAAUGGUGUCGAGCAGCUGACAUCUUUGCGCCUUCUUCUCGUCCUUCAUCCGCCGGGCCGAGCUUGCUAGCCGUGCGAGGCUAACGCGAGCGAGCCGCUAGCGAGCCGCUAGCAUACGGCAACAUGGAGGAAAACAAGAUGGUGGCCGGCAAAGUGAAGAAACCCGGGAAACGCGGCCGCAAGCCCGCCAAGAUCGACCUGAAGGCCAAACUGGAGCGAAGCCGCCAGAGCGCCAGGGAGUGUCGGGCCCGGAAGAAGCUCCGGUACCAGUACCUGGAGGAACUGGUGUCCAGCAAGGAGCGAGCCAUAUGCGCCCUGCGGGAAGAACUGGACAUGUACAAGCAGUGGUGUUCGGCCAUGGAUCAGGGAAAGAUCCCAUCCGAGAUCAAGGCUCUGCUGACGGGCGACGACCAGAAGGCGCCACCAGGGGGCGUCGGCACCAAGACCAAGAAGAACAACAGCAACGUUCAAGGCUGAGAAACAAAAUGUCUGCUGCGCUCGGACCAGUUAGCAUCUCCUGGCUUGUUUCCAUGGCGACAAGCUCCCAUGAACUUCUACUGACUUCUCUUCCGGAGCUUUUGUUUCUUUAUUGGUGUGAAGAAAGACAUGGCGGUGGCGUCAACGCUAACAAAUAAAAAUCACGAUUUCACCUUU